CAGUCAACCUUUUUUUUCAGUAACUACAGCAUAACGAUCGAUUCAUUCUCAGAGUAUGUAACUAACUCUACAUUGACUCAGUAAUCAAAAACAUUUGAAAUUUAUGUGUUAAUCAUGUUUAAAUGAAAAAAAAUGUUGAAUUUUGAUUUUCAUACUUAUUGAAGUCAUACCUAACAAAUUCCAUCACCAUGAUACUCUACAGUAUGAAAAUACUAGAAUCAAUUACAUAAACUAAAUCAUGACACAUUAUCCCCUGCAUAAUAAACCAUCUCUUAUUCAAUCAGAAUGGGAUCAUGCAAGUGAAGUGGAAAGAAUCAUGUGUGGAUCUAGACCACAAGAGUUCUCUGGAAAUAUCGGCGGAUCGCAUACUCUACCUCGACAUUACAGUGGAAAUUAUUAUUCACAUCAGCAGCAGCAACAACAUCAUCAGCGUGAAAUAAACCCGAACAUUUUACGACAUCAUGGUAUAAAUGGUGCUGUUGGGGGUGGUGGUGGUACAGUUAAUAAAUAUGAUUCAAAUCCUCAACACACAGGUAAAAUGUAUUCAUGGGCAUCUCCUACGAAUAUACGACAUUUUGCAACAUCAUUUCAUCCAUCUUAUCAAACUUCUGUAAGUUAUGAUCCAUCCCUGCUGUUCCCGUCUUCACCAUCCACCUCAGUUUGUUCUGAUGGACGACCGUAUUAUCGAGUACAACAUUUAGUACAGCCGACAAAUGAGUCACGGUAUGUAUUGGAAACAAAAACAACUAUCCCUGCGACUGCCUAUCCUCACAAUAGGAAUAUAGUGAGCAAUAAUAUGUAUAAUAAUAUACUACAGGUAUCCAGCCUGAAUGAUCAGCCUCCUAUGCAACAGACGUCAUUGAAUAAUCAUCAGACUAGGACACGCUUGCAAUAUCCAUCAGCUUUAGUCAGAACUAUUGUCAGAAUGGAAUCUUCCGAUCCGAAGGAUUUAUACGGUAAUAUGUAUGUUCGGGAGCAACAACAGAAACCUCAAGAACAACAACAGCAACAACGACAACCAUCUGAAACACCACCUGCAUUACCAGUAAGAAUGCAUAGAUCUGCUACUCAAAAAGAAACUGUCACCCCUAAGCGUCAUUUAAUCCCAAUUCCACUGGACGAUCGUUUACAUCUAGAUCCAAAUAUGUCUCCGUUGAAGGAUAAUAAUACUGCUAUCAAUACUAGUAGUUAUAUAGACAAUAAGAACAAUCUGCCUCAGUCGUAUCAUAAAAAGAACACAUUUGAUUUAGAAGGUCAUUUAGACUGUUCAUGUGAUUAUGUGAGAGCUGAAGCUGGUCUGUGGCCAGCUGAUGUCUGGUAUGCACGUAACUUUCAUACAGUAGACAAAUGCACGUGUCCACAUGAAGAAGUACAUCGAUUUUUUGAUAGUACACCGUCGAAGUGGAAAUUAGCUGAUACUAUAGCAAUGCUACCGAUAAGAGAAACUGAUAUUUUAGAUGAUUUAAUCGAUAGUACAAGUGAUGAAGAUGAGUCAGCACAUCGUUCAGUUGCUUCAGGGGAAAUGAAGACAACAGCAAUACCAACAACAACAAGAACAACAACCACAAGGACGACAGCUGAAAUACCUACUUUAACAACGGAAUACUAUGGUCACAGUAGAAACGUAACUCCUUUAAUCACUGAUGCUCAGUCAAAAGAAGUUCCCAGCCACAUCAGCUCAAAUGUACAAACUGAUCAGUUGGUGUACAGGACUAGUGUUACAUGUCAUCAUAUUAGCGGUAGUAAUAGUAAUAAUAAUGUAUCUUGUGAUGAAGAUGACUUAGUUCCUCUGGGUGAACUUUUAUCAUCCAAUACAAACCUGCUGAAUACUAUUUCAAGUCUAGGUAGGCAGUAUGGUGAUACUACAGAAAGAACAACAUCUAAAACUCUCAGGAAACCAAGUUUUCACAAUCUUGAGGAGGCUAAGGAUCGAAGUAUUUCAGGGAGAAACAGUGUUCAUCCUUCAGAGGAAAAGAAACUUAUCCGUGAUACUCCAAGUACAUUAGUUGGUACGCCCAGUACUCCUGGUAGUCUGUUUAAUGUGGCUUCCGUUAACAGUAGUGUUGAGAUAAAUGGGAAUUCAGUGCCUGAAGAAACAUCACCAAAGUGGAAGAAAACACAAGUGACAGGAAUUGAAGAUGAUUUUUACAGAGCUCAAGUUAAGACAAAGUCGUUUAAUUUGGAAAGGAUCGAAUCGAUGGGAGGAGAUGAUUUUGAAACAGAAUUGGAUCAUAGAAAGGAUAAAACAGUGACAGAUAAAUUGGCUGGCAUUGAUCAAAUCAAUGUAGAACCAGACAGUCAAGUCUCCAUAAAUGAUUAUCAGGAUGAACAAACAAAGGAGAAGAGGAAGCAGUCUAUAUCACCAACCGUUCAGUGUUUUCCUGAACUUGAUGAUCAUACCUAUACAGGGGAUAAAGAUAACUCUUUCCAAUCCUUUCAGAUAGACAGUGUUGCACAGGCCCUAGAUCGACUGCACUGGGAUAUGAGAACUACUAUAGAAGGUAGAUUUACAGAUCAGUCGUCGACAACUGCACAAGUGACCUCCAAAGAUGACUCAUAUCCCAGACUUUCAGAUGAAGAAAGCAAAAACCUGCAUAUGAAUAACAGAAGUAAUAGGCCAGAUGAUAGUGACCAUUUUCAUUCAGGAAAAGAUGAGGAUUUAAUAGACAGCACGAACUUACAGGAGGGGAGAUAUGACGAGCUAGACGAAGACUUUAAUGUAGACCAUCAUUUCCUUCAGCCUAGAAAGUUUACUUUGAAAUCGGAUAACGGCGAUGACUUAUUCAAGAUACGAAAUUCUCCUGAUCAGAAAUAUAGUUGCAGACGAACAGACAUUCUUGAUAACGAUGAUGAUGACGGUAAACAGACACGGUAUGAACAAAUCCCACAGGCUGAUGAUGACGUUGGUGAUGAAUCCCUGAUGCAGGAGAAUGUGGAAAUGGAUGACAGUAUGCAAUUUAAGAUGAAUAAUGAUCAACACACAGAUGGUAGUUUGUCACAAAUAUCUGGACAAAGUAAUAAGAUACACAGACAGAGAAAAGCUAUGGAACGAUGGAGUCUUAUUCGAACACAUGUUGGCAAAGUUGGCAGAAAGAAAGCUGAGGACAAUGAUUCUAUCUCCGCACUGGGAUUUUAUCGAUCAAUUGAAAGUCAACCAGAACAACAACCAUGGGGUAGGAAAGCAAUUCCAAUGGUCAGUGAUUUGGUGUUACGUACAAUGGCUCAAAAACGCACGCUGACAUCACUGUCAUCAAGUUUAGCCAGUUGGACACUGACAGAUCAAGAACUAAAAAUGCAUGUCUAUCGAAAAGCCUUACAAGCCUUAGCCUAUCCAAUAUCAAGUAAUACACCGCAUAACUUUCAGUUAUUCAGUGCAACUAGCCCAACUUAUUGUUAUGAAUGUGAAGGUCUCCUCUGGGGUGUAGCUAGACAAGGUCUGCGGUGUACAGAGUGUGGUGUCAAGUGUCAUGACAAGUGUAAACGAUUACUGAAUGCAGACUGUCUACAGCGAGCUGCUGAAAAAUCUCUUCGUCAUGGUGCUGUAGAUAAAGCUCAAGCGGCUAUGGAAGCAAUUCGUGCCUUGAUUCAACGCCGUAUAACAGAACGAUCAGAUAUAUUUGAAUUUUUAGCUAGUGUUUUUCAAAUUGAUGUCAAUUCUAAAGUACACUUGAAUGCAUUAGAAUUUGCUCAGAAAAGUAUUGUAGCUGGUGCCAGUCAAUGGUCAGCUAAAAUUGCUAUCACAGUGAAAUCUGCUCAGGGAUUAAUCGGUAAGGAUAAAACUGGACGCAGUGAUCCUUACGUAACAGUACAAGUUGGCAAAAUGCGUAAACGCACUAAAACUGUCCUGCAAGAAUUGAAUCCAACCUGGGAUGAAAAAUUUCUUUUUGAAUGUGACAAUGCUUCAGAACGUAUUAAACUUCGUGUCUGGGAUGAAGACAAUGAUUUAAAGUCUAAAAUAAGACAAAAGUUCACAAGAGAAUCGGAUGAUUUCUUGGGUCAAACAAUUAUUGAAGUGAGAACACUCAGUGGUGAAAUGGAUGUAUGGUAUAAUCUUGAGAAACGAACCGACAAAUCAGCAGUAUCUGGCGCCAUUCGUCUACAAAUCUCUGUUGAAAUAAAAGGUGAAGAACAGAUGGCUUCAUUUCAUGUACAAUAUACAGCACUACAUGGUAGCAUAUUUUGUCAUCUGUGUAAAGAAAAUGAACCAGUGUUUCUGCCUGACCGCACAACUGUGCCACAGUCUCAGAACAGUGGUAGCGAAGCAUGGAAGGUAUACUUUAAUCCAUUAGGACAGGAAAUUGUUGAUGAAUUCGCUAUUCGUUAUGGGAUUGAACCAAUUUUUCAGGCUAUGACACAUUUUGCCUGUUUAACAGCCAAGUAUAAUUGUCCUGGUGUUCCUGCUCAAUUAUCUGUUCUGUUAGCCAACAUAAAUGCCUUCUAUGCGCAUACAACAUCAUCAAACAGUCAAACAGCCAGUGAACGUUUCAGUGCUAGCAAUUUUGGACGUGAGAAAUUUAUUAAACUGUUGGACAAUUUAUACAUUGCUAUAAGGAUUGACCUAUCAAAAUAUCGGACUGUAUUUCCGGCAUCUCAACCAGAAAGAUUAAUUGAUUUGAAAUCCACUGUUGAUUUGCUCACAAGUAUCACAUUUUUCAGACUUAAAGUUCAGGAACUCAGCUCUCCACCGAGGACCGGUCAGAUAUUACGUGAAUGCAUUGAAGCCUGUAUACAAUCCACCUAUCAAUGCCUUUGUGAAAAUGUACACGAUUUAUACGGAAAGAGUUUACAGGCAACAAACACAGAGUCCGGAGUCUCAGAAUGUGGAUCCGAAAAUACAAGUAGUGGAGCGGGUGGUGGACAGCUGAUAAACGGCGAAUUAGAUCAGAUGGAUGGCAUGCGUUCACUAACCUAUUGGCAUCGUCUAAUCACACUCGUUGUAUCUGUACUGGAAGACGAUAGAAAGCAUUACGCUCCAGUAUUAAAUCAAUUUCCUCAUGAAAUUAAUCUAGGCGAUAUGUCUGCUGAAAUGGUAUGGAAGUGUCUGUCUGAAGAUCUGGCCAAUGGAUUAGCUCAACAUACCCUUGCAGCUAAGUAUUAUUUUAAUAGUACAGAAGAAGAUACACUGGACAGUUUACCACAGAUGGAGAAAUUACGUCAAGCAAAAUUGAAAGCAAUACAACAGGAAAUUGGACUAAGAAGUAGAAUGCCUAAGAUAAAGUCAUCGGAUUACAUGAAUCUUUGUUUCCGUGUUAAAUGGUUUUACAACACGUAUAUAGCACCAUUGGCAAGAUUUAAAAAUGUUGUCCCCGAAUAUCCACGCUGGUUCGAAGGUCUUGUAUUAAUUUGGUUGUCUGAAAAUGAUGAAGUCUCUGCAAAUUAUCUAAGAAAUGCCUAUGAUCGGGAUAAACAAGACGGUUUCCAAUGUUCCAGUGAACAUGUAUUAUAUUCAAAUUCUGUUGUCGAUGUAUUCACUCAGCUGAAUCAAUGCUUUGAUGUGAUUCGUAAACUGGAAUGUCCAGACAAAGAAGUAGAAGGACACUUUUUGCAUAGGUUCUCAUUAACUGUGGAAAAAGUUCUGUUAGCUUAUGCAGAUCGUGUAUUAGCCGAUUUUCCAAUGUAUAAAUCAGAUCAACGUGUUGCAUGUAUCCUAGUGAAUAAUACUCAACAACUUCGAGUACAACUGGAAAAAGUUUAUGAGAAUAUGGCACGUGAAAGUCUUGAAUCGAACACUCGUGAUCGUCUAAGUGCCCUUCAAGGCCGGCUAAAUGAAGUUGUUGAUAAAUUGGCAGUUCAGUUGACAGAUCAAUUUGAAGCUGGUGUACAUUCACAUGCACGAGAAUGUGGUAGGCUAUUACAAAAGUGUAAGCCAUCAUCAAGUAGUUCAGAUAGUUCCGGUGGUCGUGGUGUCAAUAAAGAAGAUGAGGCAAAUGAAUGUUUACAACCCUUAAUGGAUCAUUUCGAGUCGAUUCUCUCUAUCCUUGCUAAUAUUUGUGACAAAACUGUAUUGAAAAGAGUGUUGAAACAACUAUGGAGAGUGACAAUGUGUAAUUUAGAAAAACUUGUAGUCCUACCAGCAGUUACAGAUCAAAAACAACUGGCUAUGGGGUUAAUUCUGAGUGGUAAUACAUCGGCAAAAUUAAUUGGAGGUGCACAAAGCCUAUUGAGUCAUGUUGGGGGUCAAGUUGUACCUGGGAAAAUUUUAUCUGAAGCAACACGUGAAUCUGAGAAAGGUCUUACACCAUAUCAAUGUGAAUUACUCGGUAUGUGUUUGAAUACAAUUCGAGUAUACUUUCAUGCUGGUGGACGUGGAUUGAAACGAUCAUUUCUUGAUCGUAGUCCAGAACUUCAUAGUCUACGACAGGUAUUAGCUCUUUAUUCUCAAGCUACAGAUGAACUAUUGAGAGAUUUUGUAGCUACACAAACUUCACAAGAUUACUUGGCCAAUGAUGAACCAGUUGGAUAUCUAACCCUACAAGUAGAAAUAUUUAAACAUCCUGGUACCGGUGAAUAUAAGGUGAAUGUCAAGAUUCAUACAGCUUCUGAUUUGAAUUGGUCACUUGCCUCAGGAAUGUUUCGACCAUAUGUAGAAGUCUUUUUAUUCGGUCCAUUACUGUCAGAUCGUAAGCGUAAAGUGGCGACAAAAUCAAAGUCGGUUACUACAAUGCCUACCUACCAUGAAACAUUUGUAUUUUUCUUAUCAAAUCAAAGUGAUCCUGAAUGGUAUGAAUUACACUUGGCAGUGAAAGAUUAUUGUUUUGGUCGAACAGAUCGUCUUGUCGGUGUCACUGUCUUAUCAUUAUCUAGAGCAUUAAAUCUUGGUGCAACACCAAUUCGACUACCAUUAGGUCGACGAUUGCAUUUUACUGAAACCGGAUGGACAGUGUUAAGAGUUCUAUCCCAGCGUGUCAACACAGAUGAUGUGGCCAGGGAAUUUGUCCGCGCUAAAUCAGAAUAUCGAGCUAUUUCAGAGAAUGAUAAUGUGACAUUACAACAGACAGAUGAAUAAAGGCCU